AGUCAGACACUCAGAGGGACUUGGCUCUCCUUUUGAACACUGCUUUUCAUCUGUUCACUUCUUGUCAGAGUUACCAACCUCCACCACUGCAAACAUGACGUCCAGGAAGUCAUACUCAGUCUCCAGCUCUUCUAACUUGAGGAGGUCCAUGGCACCAAGCACCUUCGCCGUACAAAGAACCAGUUACGGUGUUGGUUCUAGUGCUGGAGGUGCUUUCGGUGCAGGAGCUGGUUCAGGUUUUAGUUCAAGCGGAGGUUAUAAUGGAGGUUUUAGUUCAGCUAGUUCUGGUGGUUAUGGCUUUCGUUCUAGCCAAGCAGGAGUCCUCAUGGGCACACCGAUCACAGCUGUCACAGUCAACCAGAGCCUGCUGACCCCUCUGAACCUUGCUAUUGACCCCAACAUCCAGUCUGUUCGCACCCAUGAGAAGGAGCAGAUCAAGACCCUCAACAACCGCUUUGCUUCCUUCAUCGACAAGGUCCGGUUCCUGGAGCAGCAGAACAAGAUGCUGGAGACCAAAUGGAGCCUCCUGCAGGACCAGACCACAACCCGCUCCAACAUCGAUAGCAUGUUCGAGGCUUACAUCGCCAACCUGCGCAGACAGCUUGACGGACUGGGCAAUGAGAAGGUCAAGCUGGAGGGAGAGCUGAGGAACAUGCAGGGUCUGGUUGAGGACUUCAAGAAUAAGUAUGAAGAUGAAAUCAACAAACGUGCAGCUGCAGAGAACGAGUUUGUGCUCUUGAAGAAGGAUGUUGAUGGUGCCUACAUGAACAAGGUGGAGCUGGAAGCCAAGGCUGAUGCUCUUCAGGAUGAAAUCAACUUCCUCAGGGCCGUCUAUGAGGCUGAACUUCGUGAGCUUCAGGGCCAGAUCAAGGACACCUCCGUCAUCGUGGAGAUGGACAACAGCCGUAACCUGGAUAUGGACUCCAUUGUGGCUGAAGUGCGUGCUCAGUAUGAGGACAUUGCCAACCGCAGCAAGGCUGAAGCAGAGGGCUGGUACAAACAGAAGUAUGAGGAGAUGCAGAGCUCUGCCGGACAGUAUGGUGACGACCUGCGCUCAACAAAGGCCGAGAUUUCUGAGCUGAACCGCAUGAUUGCCCGUCUUCAGAAUGAGAUUGAGGCUGUCAAGGGACAGAGGGCCAGUCUUGAGGCACAGAUUGCAGAGGCUGAGGAGCGUGGUGAGAUAGCAGUGAAAGAUGCCAAACACCGCAUCAAAGACCUGGAGGAUGCUCUGCAGAGAGCCAAGCAGGACAUGGCCCGCCAGGUGCGCGAAUACCAGGAGCUGAUGAACGUCAAGCUGGCCCUGGACAUCGAAAUUGCCACCUACAGGAAACUGCUCGAAGGAGAGGAGGACAGACUGACCAGCGGAGGAGCAAGUGCAACCAUCCAUGUGCAGCAGUCCUCUAGUGGUGGGCUGUCCAGUGCCAACUCUGGAUUUGGCUAUGGUGGCGGCUACGGAAACAGCAUGAGUGGCAGCUACAGUGGUGGUGGCUACAGUGGUGGCUACGGUGGCAGCAUCAAAACUUCCACAAAGCAAACUACAUCCAGCUCCAGAAGAUAUUAAAAAAAGGAGAGCCGUCCCUCUUCCCCAUCAGUAACUCAUGAAUUUGAUCUAAUUCUGUACCCAUCCAUGGUGCUAUGCAAUGUUUUUAAGCAUGUUCAACGAGACAGAUGAAUCUAUUCCGUCAAACGGUUAUCAGUUGGGUUCAAUACCACUGGCUUUCCGACUGUUAACAAGACUUUUUUGUACUAGCUAAAGAUGUCCUUUAAUACAGGGAGGCCAGGUCAGUUGUUUCUGCAUCGACAAAUAGGAAAAAAGCACAAGGUGAAGGAUUGUGAAAACUAUGCAAGGAAACCAUUUGAUUGUCAUCAAUCUUGUCAACUUAGACACCUAAGUUCAAAUAUUAUGUUGAAACUAGAUGUAUUUCUAAAAGCCUUCCUACGAACUAUGACUAAUGAACAUUGCUGCAAAUUACAUCAAAUGAAUGUGAAUAAAGUAAAUCUGAGAACUGAAA